AAUUUCUGGUGUCUCAGUCGCCUGCUUCCACUUACAUCCAUUCUUCCCCUUUCCACUUAUUAUCAACGCCACUUUCAGUGUUUCCCCCAAUUCCUCUAGGGAUUCGUAAUUCGUUAUCCAUUCGCAGCCAUGGAUUUCCUCCUCCAUUGAUUUGAUUGCUCCGUAUAUGGAUUCGAGAUUGCAAUUAGUCCGCAGAGAGGAACCGCUGUACGGAUCUAAAUCGAAACCGAAAUCGACAUUGACAUCCAAGUCCAAAUCAAAAUCGAGGAAGCUAAACGACGAUGGCGGCGGCGGCGCGUACGAGACGGUUUGGGAGUGCGUGAUUCCGUACGUGGAGGAUCCGCGUGACAGGGAGGCGGUAUCGACGGUGUGCAAGCGAUGGUACGAAAUCGACGCCAUCACGCGGAAGCACGUGACCAUGGCGCUCUGCUACACGGCGACGCCGGAGCGGCUUUCGCGGCGGUUCCCUCACCUCGAGUCGCUCAAGCUCAAGGGGAAGCCACGCGCCGCCAUGUUUAACCUAAUCCCCGAGGAUUGGGGCGGCUACGUCGCCGCCUGGGUCGAUGAAAUAGUUCGUUCUUACAAAAAUAUGAAGGUUCUCCACUUCCGGCGCAUGAUUGUCCGAGAUUCCGAUCUACAGAUCCUCGCCACCGCCGCCGGGAAGGUUCUAGAAGUCCUCCGGCUCGAUAAAUGCUCCGGUUUCUCCACCGACGGCCUCCUCCACAUCGGACGCUCCUGCAGGAAUUUGCGGAUUUUGUACAUGGAAGAGAGCUUAAUAACCGAGAAAGAUGGAAAAUGGUUGCACGAGCUUGCGUCUAAUAACACUGUUCUUGAGGGCUUGAACUUCUAUCUCACGGAUCUCAGCCAAGUCGAAGCCGAAGAUCUAGAACUGAUAGCUAAAAGAUGUCGAUCUUUGACCUCUUUAAAAAUCAGCGAUUGCGAUCUUUCGAAACUGAUUGGAUUUUUCAGAGCUGCUGUGUCGUUGGAAGAGUUCUCCGGAGGCUCUUUCAGUGUGCCCCCAGGCCAAGUCGGGGAAGCCGUGUUUAACGAGCAAUUGGAACCGUAUUCUGCUGCCGUAUUCCCGCCAAAAUUGUCAAGCCUCGGCCUUACCUACCUCGGAAACACGGAACUCCCCAUCAUCUAUCCCGUUGCUUCGAGGCUUAAAAAGUUGGAUCUUCUUUGCGCUCUGCUCGACACUCAAGGGCAUUGUCAGUUGCUACAAAAGUGUCCGAACUUGGAGAUUCUUGAGACGAGAAAUGUGAUCGGGGACAGAGGGUUGGAAGUUGUCGCCGAGUUCUGUAAGAAGAUGAAGCGUCUGAGGAUCGAGCGCGGCGCUGACGAGCAGGACAUCGAGGACGUGGAAGGCGUGGUGUCGCAGAGAGGACUGAUUGCGCUGGCGCGGGGAUGUCUCGAUCUCGAAUACUUAGCUGUUUACGUCUCCGACAUUACGAACGCUUCGUUAGAAUGCAUGGGGGCACACUCGAAAAAUCUCCGUGACUUCCGUUUGGUGUUGCUUGACCGGGAAGAACACAUAACGGACUUGCCUUUAGAUAACGGGGUCCGUUCCCUUUUAACGGGGUGCCCAGAGCUUCGAAGAUUUGCUUUGUAUCUCCGGUCGGGGGGUUUGACGGACGUCGGGCUCGGUUAUAUCGGGAGAUACAGCCCGAACGUGAGAUGGAUGCUUCUUGGUUGCGUCGGGGAGUCGGACGAGGGGCUCGUCGAAUUUUCGAAAGGCUGUCCGAGCUUGCAGAAGCUCGAGAUGAGGGGGUGUUGUUUUAGCGAGCGGGCACUGGCGAUGGCAUCGCUGCAACUGAAAUCGCUGAGGUACUUGUGGGUGCAAGGGUACCGGGCGUCGGGAAAUGGACGGGAUCUGCGGAUUAUGAUGCGGGAUAAUUGGAACAUCGAGCUGUUGCCGGCAAGGCAACUUGUUUAUGUGGAUAGUGUGGACGUGGACGGUGGGGAGACGAUUGUCGAGCAUCAUGGGCACAUACUGGGCUAUUAUUCCCUGGCCGGGCAGCGUAAGGAUUUUCCGGCGAGCGUUACGCCGUUGAAUUAGUUGUGUAUGGAAGAAGUUCGUCGGAGUGUGUAUAGAUCAGAUCAUCAACGAAAAAUGAAGACGUACGUUACGUGCGGGCUUAGGUAAGGUAGAAGCUAAGAACACAACUUUCUUUUGUGAAUAUGUUGCUGUACUUGUGAUAUAAUCUGCAUACUCUUGCUAUUUUAUUUUAUUUUUUUU